UUCAAGAUGGCGGACGGAAACGACGAAGGCAUGCUAAAGUUUACGUUGGUUCAUGGUGCAAAGAAGUACCCGGUUGAGCUGCCGAUGGAAGGCAGUGAUGGUGAGGGACCCACUGUGGAAGAUUUGGCAAAUCUUGCAGCUCAGCUGACUGACGUUCCACGAGGAUCACAGAGACUAAUUUUCAAAGGGCAGUCUUUAACAGAAUUUCCACAGCCAUUAAAAUUGCUUGGAGUGAAGAAGGGAAGUAGGAUAAUGUUAAUUGGCAAAAAGUUUGAUCCUUUAGCUGAAGAAAACAUGAAAGCAAUUCUGGCAGCUGAAAAGAAGGUGGAUGAUAUUGAGAAAAGACUCAACGAAAAUCUAGAAGAACUCCAAGGAAUAGAAAAGGGAUUUCUUCAACCAGAGCUGGUCACCCAGGCACUGGAUAAGCUAUCAAGAAAAAUACAAGCAGUUAGUGAGGACUUUAUGAAAACUCUUGAGGGCCUGGAUGCCUUGCUCAUAGAUCCCAGUCUACAGCAAGCAAGAGGAAAAAAGAAAUCAUUGGUUCAGCGGAUUCAGCUUUUACUGGACAAGACUGAUAGAACAUCAACUAGAAUCGAAUCCCUCAAAGAGAAUUCUUAGCCAAUGCUGGAAAACUCAGUUUAUUUUGAAAAGAUUUAAAAAGAACAACUUUCACUUUCCUUAGGCAGUUAUGUCACUGUUACAUUAGUUUCUCUUUUGCUACGCGAAAAAUUACCCACAUUUUGAAAGGAAAGCCAAAACAUCAUUUACCAAGGUUGGAGAACACCUUGGAAGUUAUAACAGGAGAAUGGUCGGAAGAAACUUGUAUUUUAAGAGAAAUUAUUUAUUGCCCGGAAUGCCGAAUUGUUUCCUUUUGCAGUACUGUUUGCAGGAUGAAUUUGGAACGUUUAAUAUAAUGGUUUUUCCACUACGUACUUAUUUAGUAAAGCCUAAUUUGAAAGUACAUAUUUUUAAAAUACAGAUAAA